AUGGCGCAAAGCUUGAAGAAAGUCUUCACUGGCCUUCACAAGCCAAAAAGCGGGAGCAACACACCAGCAAAUACCAGCGACAAUGAGAGCCCAUCUCGCCACAGCACUGACGGUGGACGUAGCGGACGUAUUGGCACGGGAUUUUCUGCCCUGUCCAACGGAAGCGGUGUAGGGCAUAAGAGCGUCGACUCACCCCGGCCUUCGAAAGAUGCCGGGCACAGGAAGAGUCUGCAUAGUCCUAUGGGCUUCCUCAGACGGAAAGUGAGGACUGGAUCGCCGGACGACUCGUGGUCAGAGACUGAGGAUCUUCCACUGAACCGUGACGGCGAACCGGCCAGCCGUGGCCAGAUCCGGAAGCAUGAGAAGCAGGCGGCGCAGGAAAAGCACAAAAAAGAAGCAGGGGAACGUUUGGAGGCUGACAGGAAGAGGAAGGAGGAUAUGGCCGCGAAAGCCAAGCUGGAGGAGACCGAGGACCAGAGGUCGAGAUAUGGAGUCCUACCUAUCAACAACUACGCCUACGACGAGAAGAUUGAGAAGGCUCUCGAGCGGGAGCAGGACAUUCGUACGCUUACUGCAGAGCAGGUCGGCCAGGUCGUCGUGUUCCGAGCUCGCUUGCACAACAUCCGGAAACUGUCAGCUCAUCUAAUGUUUGUUGAGCUUCGACAGCAGACGGCCACCAUACAAGGUAUUCUACACGAGCACGGCGGCGUCUCGGAACAUUUCCUCUACUGGGCGGAGCACUUGCACGUUGAGACCGUGGUCAAGAUCAAGGGCGUCAUUCAGGAGCCGAAAGCCAAGCAGGGUGAAGUCAAGAGCGUCUCGAUCCACAACAUCGAAAUCCACAUCCACGAAAUGCAUGUGGAAGCUGCGCCGACCGAGCCAUUGCCAUUCACGGUCCACGAGGCGGAAGUUAGCCAGGCCGAUGCGGAGGUAGAGGGUGAUACUCGCCACCAUGUCUCGGAUCGUGCACGCCAGAGCAAUCGCAUCAUUGAUCUAAGGACGACUACUUCGCAAGCCAUCUUCCGCGUACAGUCCGCCAUCUGCCACGCUUUUAGAUCGAACCUUGCCGGACUCGGCUUUAUUGAAAUCCACACACCAAAGCUUUGGGGUGCUGCGUCCGAGUCUGGCGCCAGUGUGUUCAAGGUCGACUACUUUGGCCGGCCAGCUUUCCUUGCGCAAUCGCCUCAGCUUGGCAAGCAGAUGGCUAUUGCAUCAGACCUGCGCAGAGUGUUUGAAAUUGGUCCCGUGUUCCGUGCCGAGAACAGCAACACCCAUAGACAUUUGACCGAGUUCACAGGUCUGGAUCUGGAGAUGGCCAUCGAUGAGCACUACCACGAAGUCCUUCGUACUCUCGACAGCACGUUCAAGGCUAUCUUCAAGCACAUCUACGAUAACUACCGACCUGAGAUUGAGGAUGUCAAGCGACAGUUCCCUCAUGAAGAUCUGGUAUGGUUGGAGGAGACUCCCGUCAUUCCAUUCGCGCAGGCUAUCCGUAUGCUCAAUGAGUCUGGACAUCUGAGCGAAGAUGGCCAGCAGUUACCUGAGAAUGAGGAUCUUGGCACACGUGAUGAGAUCGCUCUCGGAAGAGUGAUCAAGGAGAAGUUGGGAGCCGAUUACUACGUCCUGGACAAGUUCCCUGCGUCCGCACGUCCUUUUUACACUAUGCCUGAUCCGAACGAUCCCACCGUCACGAAUGCCUUCGACAUCUUCUUGCGCGGCCAAGAGAUCCUGUCCGGUGGUCAGCGUGUACACGAUGCGUCAAUGCUAGUUGAGAAGAUGGAGGCGAUGAAGAUGGACCCGAAGACUAUGGAGGAGUACAUGACCGGCUUCGAGUGGGGUGCGCCACCUCAUGGAGGCGGAGGGAUUGGUCUUGAACGUAUCCUCAUGUUGUUGCUGCAGCUCGGCGAUAUCAGACAUGCCACGCUCUUCCACCGAGAUCCGCGCUCGCUGCCAUUCCAGCCGCCGAUCAAGCAGCUCAGACAUCCUGAGGCCAGCACUUUGCACCCACCAUGGUCUGGCAAGGAUCGCGCGGCUGCUCACAUUGAUCUGCAGCCGCUCGAGAAGCUCAUCGCUAACUACGGCGAUGCGUCCAACACAUCUUGGCUCGAGCCGAAGUUCGAGAUCUUCCGCGAACCUCAUACCGGCGCCGCUGUCGGUUUUGUGCCUCAUCAAGGCUUCGCCAUCACAAUCGGCGACCCGUUGUGCCACCAGACCCAAUACGCCAAGGUCAUCUCCGCCUAUCUACGCUACAUCAAGAAAGAGCAACGUCUCAAGCCUCUGUGGCUCCUGUGCGGUCAUGAAGCCCAAGAAGUUCUGGGUGUGAAACUCGCUUGGCGUACUUUCUCUGUUGCCGCUGAGCAGCGUCUUGAUCCAGGUAAUAAUCCUGCACAGCACGACUCGGAGCUGCAGAGGAAGUGUAGACACGCUGAGAAGGAGGGCGUGAAGCUCCAUGAUAUCCCCAUCGGCACACCUGUUCCGGAGGACAUCAAGCAGCAAGUCGACAAGCGUGUUCAGGACUGGCUUCAUGGCCGUAAGGGCAAGCAGGUCCAUCUUACGGAUGUUCAUCCGUGGCAAGAUAUGCCUCACAGACAAUACCACUACUCCACCACCAAGGACGGUGUGAUCGCUGGUCUGAUUAUCCUGGCUCAGCUCUCGCCAGACCACGGCUGGCAGGUCAAGUUCUCCCUCGACUUCCCUGGUGCACCAUCUGGUGCGAUCGAGUACUUGGUUCUGCACGCCCUCAAGGCUUGCGCGAACAGUGGUGCUACGACAGUGACAUUCGGUGGCGGUGCGAUGAAUACCUUCAAGGUCGGACACAACAUGCGAGGCACACGCGUGAAGGUCUUGUCUAAGGCUUACCAUGCUAUUGCGAACGAGCUACACUUGACGAACAAGAGUGAGUUCAGGGAGAAGUUGGGUGCGCAGGAGGAUCCGAUCUACAUCUGCUAUCCACCUCACGGCCUGGGUCCCAGCGGUGCUCGCGCUAUCCUGUCGUUCUUCGAGGAUGACGAUGAGGGCGGCAAGGUCUAG